UGGGCGCGCGCUUCCCGCUCUGUUGCAAGGAUUGAACGGUAACAGUUACGCUGUUAAGAAAUGGACAGUUUACUUUCUCUGAAAGAAUCGAUAAUAAUAUAUUUAGACAGAAGUGGUGGACUCCGUAAACUUAUAGAAGACUGUAACGCAAUUAAAGGUGCACAGCAGAUGCAGGCAGUGUAUCGCUUCAGCUUUGAUGUAAAUCCCUCAGAUGUACUUGAACUGGACGCCACACUGGGAGACUGUAUACUGCACAACCCUCUUAAAGCAACUUCACUCUUUCAAUCAGUUUGUUUUCUGGCCAUAAAAACACUAUCACUUAUUGAUCACAUAGACACAGAAAACCAGGUUAAUGUUGUUUUAAAGCCAACACACUUGCCACCUUUUCCAAAUUACUGUUUGGGUCUCUCUGAGUUUCCCCGUGGGUAUGGUCCAAUGAGACCUUUGGCUUUGGAGGGCCUUGUAAUUGCCAUGACACGUGUCACCAAAUACACACAAGGGGCCAGAUUUCUUUGCUCAGAAGAGAAAUGCCCUUGCUCAAGAGGGUAUCAACACAUUAGAGUUCAUGUACCUGGUGCCACAGAGUCAGCUACGGUAAGAAGUGAUUUUAUUUGCUUUCUCUGCUCCUCACCACUUAAAGAAGAUGUUAAGUCUCGGGCAUUAGGAGAUAAACAGCUUGUUGAGCUCAUUCAUGUAAGAGCAGUGGAUGUUUUGGGAGUCCACGAUGUUGCCUCCUUGAGAUAUCAAUCUGUCACCCUUUUUCUAAGAGAUGAACUAUGUAACUCCAUGAAAAUUGGACAUCUGUACCGAGUUGUGGGGAUUCCAGCUCAUGUGCACCAGUGGCCCAAUAUAACAUGGAGUGUAGAAGCUUGCAGUGUCCAACCAUGGACCCUCAAACGCCCCUGUCUGGUUAGCAACAACUUUCAGAAUCUGCUGGCUGCAUCGGCCUGUUCCCCAUGGAGGUUCGCUGCCAUUGUAGCCAACUCAUUUGGUUCUCCUGUGAUUCCACCUGGAUUGUACAACACAUUGAAACUGGGGUUACUACUCAGCCUGGUGCAAAGUGAAGAUAAUUCAGAUGCUCCCAACCACCUGGAUGUGCUUGCUCUUACUAGCGACACAUUGAUCAUUGAUAGGCUGAUGAGAUACAGCCUCCCCUUAUCUUCACGUGGCAUUCUGCACGCACCUACAGGAGAGCUGUUGGCAUCUCUGUCUAAAGAUGAACAUGGAGCAGAUACUGCCAACAUUCAUGCAGGUUCAGCUCUGCUGGCAACUGGAGGAGUCUGUCUUCUGGGAGACCUGAUGUGCUACAAGAGAGACAAGAUGGAUGUGCUUCAGUCUGCUCUUGAAAGCAGAACUGUGUCUGUUUUCAUUCCUGGGAAAAAGUAUGGUGAUGAUGUAGACCAGCAGAUCUCCUUUCCUAUCCAGUGUAACUUCUGGGCACUAGCUGAUCCUGCCUCCCCCUCCAAGAGAAGAGAUAAAUGCGAUAAUGCGGUGCUGGGUGCUGCGGAAAUGGGCUCAGUUCCCCGUCAGCUCGCAGAGAGAUUCGAUCUCCUAGUGCAGUGUCGAGAAAUGAGCGUAGAUCCUCUGCUCCUGUCCAUGACAGUGCACACCCUACGGCAGGCCAUCUCCCCAGGAGAGCCCCUUUAUCCAGCAUGCAUGCAAUUUACUACACAAGACUACGAUGAGUUCUUGGCUCAAGCAAGAGACUUGAAGGUGGAAAUGAGUCCCGAGGCAGAGAAGAUGAUCCAUGGCUAUUACAUGGCUAGUCGCAGGGUUCGAUCAGACUCAACAACACGCUCCUCUGUUUCAGUCACUUCUAUAAAACUGCUGAUUUCUCUGGCUCAAGCCCAUGCUAAACUCAGCCUGAGAACACGAGUUUUAGAGGAAGAUGCAGUCAUCGCGGUACUGCUGUGUGAAGGUUCAGUCACCCUAAAACAUGGGGCCUCUACGCUUGCUUUUCCACCCGAAGCAGUGUUUCCUUGUGCUCUCCAUGACCUGGAUUCCCUGCACUGCCGGGAUGUUGCCUUGGAAGAUUUACGCAAACAGAUCUUGCAUUUUGUGCACACCUAUGCAACCUACAUUGUGGAGGAAUAGGAUCAAGGUACUACAUUCUUAUUUUGAUUUGUACACUGCCAGUCAUUUUAGUGUCAACUAUGUACUGCAUUGACUUUCAUUUCAAGUGUGGUAACAGGAUGAAAAGGUCUUUCAAGUGAUCGGUAAUCCACAGAUCCAUCCAAUUGCACUGCUGCAUCACAACCUAAACAAACAGAAGUUCAAUUUUAUUACAUGAAAUAUGCAUUUAAGCUUUGUACCAUUUAAAAUAAAAAAAUGCUCAGAUUCACAGA